AUGGAACCUACUUUGAUGGAAACAAAAAAGGGUUUGAAGGCAAGGGACAUUCUACUUCGUUUAUUAAGAGUUCUUCAUGUUUCAUUUGAGAUUAGCUACACUUCCAUGCAAAGGCAUCCAUUUGUUUCGGGUGCUUUGUUAGUCUUCUUCAUUUUGUACAUAUUUCUUUCUUUUAUUUACAACUUGUUGGUCUUCUUGUCCCCAUUUUUCGUGUGCACUGCCAUUUUUGUUAGAAUCUUUUGGAGUUCUGAGCAAAACCUCAUUAAAAGUGUCAACAAUGAGGAGAAAAGCAAUGAACCAAAAAUUUUACCAGAGUUGCUCAGGAACGAGAGGCGUGGUUUGCUUUAUAAGUGUCCAUCACACAAUGCAACAAGUAGAAGAAGAAACUUCACUGGGAAGAAAUUGGAUGUGUAUGGUGGUUUAGAAAUAAAAGCCAAGGAUUUAUCGUCGGUGUUCUGCAAUGAAUUCACAAAAAACAACAAAGAGAAUGGAAGGACUAAAUUUUACAAGGAAGAGAUUGGUUCUUUGGAGGCUCCUAUAAAGAAAGUUUUGUUUGCUGAACCUUCAAUGCUGGACCUGGAGGCUCAUGGUGCUAGUUUUGAUGGUCUAAAGAAAAAUACAGAAAUCAAAGAGGAUGAGAAAAAAGCUCAAGAGGGUGGCAACAAAGGUGAAUUGACAGAGGAUGAACAGAAAAAUAAAAUGGUUCUAGGGACAUGUGAGUUGGAGAGACACAAAAGGUUGGAGAGUCUUAUAGCUAGAAGAAGAGCAAUGAAACAAUUGAAGUUGCAGAUUGAGAAAGGUCUAAUUGAUAUGAAAUCAGUUACUCCAAGCCAAAUUGCUCCACUAUUUGUUUCAAGACUCAACCCUUUUGAUUCUCCAAGGGAGUUUGAUGGCAUAAAAAUGCCUGGUUCUGCCCCAACUGCUUUGAGAAGCCCAUUUGAUAUUCCCUAUGAUCCUUUUGAGGAGAAACCCGUUCUCACUGGGGACAAUUUUGAUCAAGAAUUGAAAGGUUUGUUAAUAGAACCUAGACAAGAAGACCUUGAAGCAAGAGGGCACAGGUUGGCACACCCAAGAGUCAGAAGGCUUCAAGGUAGAGGAAAUCAUGACAAGCUUGAACAAUUAUUAUUAUCCAAAGAAGCCAGUGAAAGAGAAUUACAAACUUCUAUUCCAUCAAGUGAAGUAGAGGAAAAAACACAUGAAGAGAAUGGUAAAUGCAAAAAUGACAAAAUGGCUGGCAACACAGGUAAGGAAGUGGACAAUGCUCAAGCAACAAAGUCCAUGUCAUACCAUGCAAGAGUUCCUAAGCCUCAAGAGGAGGACCUCAAUUUACCAAUAUCAAGAAAUAGUGCUACUAAAAUAAAUGAUUCUCUGUAUGAAUCUCUUUCACCUAACAAGGAAACUAUGUCCUUCACUGGUUGCCGAAUCAGUCACACCCCUUCACGCUCCUUAGCUUCUGCCAUACAUGUGGAGGUUUCUGAAGUUGGUUCACCAACACUGACAGUUGAUGAGAACCAUGAGAACACUACAGAUGGAGAAUCCAUGAUAUAUGAUGGAGACAUUGACAAAGAUGUUACUUCUGGCAGUGAAGAUAUGUGGGGAGCAUCACUCCAUUUGAGAGAAGUACGUAGAGUAAGCGAGCAAGAUAUUUCAGAAUUAAACAGCUGGAGGGACAUUUCUUCACCCCUUUCUAUGCAAAACAUAGAUGAAGAAAAUGCAGCUGAUGUGAGCUCUAUGUCCUCAAGAUCUGACAUGCCUGAUGAUACUCCAACUUAUGCAAUGAACAGUGAGCAUAAUAAUAAUAACAUCUUUGGUAAUAUGAAAGAUUUUGGUGCACCCCAAAAUUCUCAUUCAUCGGUUGUGUCAGCGCGUUGGAAGCGAUUGAUGCGGUUGAUGGAUACACGUGAUAGUCAUUUACCUCAUGAUAGGCAUUCAAAAAAACCAGGGGAAUGGUUCGACCUCACAGAGAAUUCAAGUAAGGAACAAGUUAUCAAUGAUUGGAAAAACUCAGCAGCCUCUGAGCAAGAUAACACACAUAACCCAAGAGGAAAUGAAGAACCUGGUGCAUCAGAUUCAGUUAUGCAACCAGAAGUAACUGAUGAAGUCUCAAUCAACUCAAGUUCAUCAUCCUCACCAAGGCCUGUAUUGUCAAUAACACAGAAGACCAUAGCUGACCAAGUUCCCUCUUCAGCUUUCAAUCAAGAGACGCACCAAGAUGUUCUGCAAUCUAACAUGCAGGAUGUGUCACAAGAAACAUUAAAUGGUGAAGGUCCACCUGACUCCAUCCCUCAAAAUAUUCCGCCUUCCAUGGAUGAUCCAAAUGUUGAAUCACAUUACAGUGACUUGAGUCAUCCUCAGGAACAGACUUGUCCACUGGAGAAUUCCAUUCAAGAAUCAAAUAUGUCUAGCAAGAUGAAUGAUGCAGAGAUUUUUAACAAGGAAGAUGAAAAUAAGUUCAAGAAUGAUGAGUACAUUGGAUACAAACUUGCUCCCCUAAUUAUACCAGAUGCUUCAAAAGAACCCCGUAGACAAGCAGAGAUGAUGGCUUCAGUGGAUAUAAGUGAGGAAUCAAGAGAAAGAUUUGAUGGCAAUGUGCCGUUGAUUUCUCUAAUACUAGAAUCAUCCUUAGAAAGUCCAGGAGAGGAAGAGGAUGAAGAAAAUUCUCAAGCAUCAGUGAGACAAGAGGCAACCACAGACACAAGUUCUGAUGAAGAUUUUGAAAGAAAUCGCAGUGACUUGAAUGAGAAUGAAGCCAUAGUCUCAUCAUGCUUAUCCAUAGAAGAUAGUGACAAGUUGAGAGAAACAGACAAGCCAAAGCAUAGUUCAGAAGAAGUGAAUUAUUUGCACAGUGAAUCAAAGCAGGUGGUUGAAGAUCAUAUGGAGAAGGAAAACUUGGAUAAAGGUGGUGCCUCUGAAGACUCUCCACUUCCAAUUACCACUCAGGCGACCAAUUCUGAAGACAAAGAAGGAGAAUGUGACAAGAUAAACAAGAAUGAAGCCACUGACCAGGAAUUGAACGAGAACGAAACUAUGGCUAUGUCUGAACCUGCAGGAGAAACUGAUCAGAUAGCACACAUGAAAUAUCCUGAAGAAAGGACUCCAACUUGA